AUGCCCACGGCGACAGCCUCCCGUUUCUUAACUGACACCUCAGAAUCGCACGAAACUGUCUCGAAGGCUACCACCACUACUGAGCCCGAGGCCUUUUCCGACCCCUGCAACUUCCUUUUCCCGAGCAUGCAUCACAGUCAGUCGGUGGACUUCUUCAACUGCCCCUUGCCAACAAAGCUGAUGAGCGAGUCCGCGCCCUAUCCCUCCCUCGACAUCUACAGCAAUUUCUACGCCCUUCAGUGUCCACCGGCCCUGGAGCAGCAAUCCUACAAGCAGGAGGAUUCGUACGGUAAGCGUUUUUGA